UUCAUGGGAUUUGGGGACAGCAACGCAUUAACAAGCCCAAGUGAGUAAAAUAAUUACAGCCAGUGAAAAAGUUGCACGUGAACAAAUUCCCUGCUGUGGUUUAUUAGGAUUUGAUACUCAGUGGCUCAAGUUUUCCAUGAAGUCUGAAGGACUAUAAAAACUCCAUAUAAAAACCCCCAUUUCCAAGCUUUCCAUCCAGUCCUUACUCUCCACCGUGAGCUCGGAUCCUCCAGAGCCAUGUCCUACUACGGGUACCAGUACAAGCAGCAGUGCUACAUUCCCGGCGGGAUGAAGUGCUCCGCGCCCACCUUCACCCAGCAGUGCCACAGCCCCGGCGUGGUGACCUGCGGGUCCUGCUCUCCCUGUGCCCCCACGGGGACCAAGGUCUGCACCAUGAGGAAAACCCUGGCAAGCCCGCGGUGCCCCGGGCCCUGCCGGACGGGCUGCGUGGAGACCCACGUGGUGGAAGGCCACCACUCGUCCUCCUCGUCCUGCAGCAGCUCCAGGUGUCUGGACCCCUGCUCCGUGCCCUUCCUGCAGCCCCUGGUGCAGGGCAGGGAGCUGUGUGUGCCCCGCUGCGGGCAGGCCGUGGUCAGGAGGUGUCCCCAGGUGUGUGCCCCGGCCCCCGUGUGCCAGGACAGCUCCUGCCCCUACUCCUACCAGUGGUCCAACAGUUACCAGUACAACUGUGGGCAGUAAAACCUCACCGGGGUGCCCGGGGGACAACCAGGGUGUGAAGAGCCCGAGAACAUCCAGCACUGAGGCGCAGCUCCCACAAACAUGACGCUUUUCCUGCUGAAAUCACUCCUGGGCACCUUUGGGAACCUUCUGGCACCUUUAGGAACCUUCUGGCACCUUUGGGAACCUUCUGGCACCUUUAGGAGCCAGCCCUUAUUCAAUCCUCUCCGUGUAUUCUCUGUAUUAGAUUUCGGGGUCUCAUAGCUUCUUAUCUCCUUCUCUUAUCUCCCCGUGGCACGAGGAGAUUUCCAUGGCUGUGUGAAGGAGAUGUGAGUCCGGCCACUCACAUGGAUGACACCACAUCCAGGUGGCCUCAGUGCCACCAAAGGGCUCCCCACGCCAAUGCCGCUAAAAAAUAAACAUUUAUUUUCUGCUUCCAACUUUGUUCCAGAGGGAAAUUUGUAAAGAAAUCUGGGGGUUCUUGACCAGGGAGGUGGUGGAGUCACAUUCCUGGAGGUGUCCAAGGACUCAGUGCCAGGUGGGGAUAAGGCACAGGUCGGAGCUGAUGGUCUGGGAGGGCUUUUCCAACCUCAGGGAUUCAGGGAUUUUAAUUGUAUACGAAACUAACAGAAAUAAGACCAAAAAAAAUGGAAAAUGAUGAAAAACAGAACUUGGCUUUCAAGUCAAAGGGGGUCUCUUGUGUCAAGCAAUUCACUCUCAAAGCAUUUAGUCCUUAAAUAGAAUAAUAAAAACUCCUUAAAUAUAAUGAAUAUAUUAAAUAUCCACCUGUGGCGUAGCAGCUGGAAGUCGGAGAGUUUGCUCCGUAGUUUGCAUUAUUUUAUUCUCUCUGGCACAUCCCCAACACGCACAAUAAAACCUCUACUCCAUCAAACUA